AGCCCAGAUCAGCCAGGUUCCGAGGUUGAGGUCGAGAGGUUCAAGGUUGCGCUGUCCCGCAUUACAUGCUGCUUUUGAUGCCCUCACCCUCACUCACUCUAACACCUACCUUACUACCCCCAGUCCCACGAGGCUCCCAUUCAAUUACCUUAGCGCUCAAGGCCGCAAACAUCACCACUUGCACUGCACCUCUCAUCAGAACAGCAAACGCUUUCCGCCAGCCUCGACCUGACCCCAACGCUGACCUCUGUGUAUUCCGUUUCCGUGGAAGACAGACAAGGCAGGCUAUUCUUCAGAAUAGGUCAACUCCAACGCCAACUCCGGUCCAUACAGCCACAUUAUACUGAUCUUUCCUUCGACCUUCAACAGUACCUUGGACCCGGUGGCACAUCACAUCAAUAUCAAUCCUCACUAAUCUCUGACUGUUCCUCUGCGCCUAGUCCAUUCUUACACUCUCUUGUCGCCUUCUACCUUAUUAAUAGGCUUCAUCGCCAAGAAUAGCCGCACCAUAAAGCCUGCAAAACCUAAUCACUCGCGAAUUACACUUGUUGAGCACGAAUCUCCCAGCGGCCGUCGAAGUCAAGCCUUUUCUGCCGGCGCACCGUGUCUUACUCUUCAUUAACACCAUCCGAUCAUAUGGGCUCACUAUACACCUCAGUACAUCCAUCACCAUCAUAUCAUCAUUACUGGGACAAUUGAGUUUGGACGAAAGCGUAUUCAAGGACAUGAAAACUAUGCCAAAGUCAGCUCGACAAUCGGCAUGAGAUAUGCGCCGGCCGCCAGAUAAAGAGGGACAGUCAGCUCUGUCCGAGAGGGACGUGGAGUCUUCGAAUGCUACACUUAACACACUAUUUGGAGGGUCCCGGCAGAAGUCAUGGAUGAUGGGAGCAGGAACUCCAGUUCGCCCAACGCCUCGUACUAGCAUAUCGAAAGCCUCGGCUCUUCCAGCGACGUUGGCCCAGAAAUCCGUAGCCAGUGUGCUGCCCUCUCCAGCACCAAGUGACGAAGCGAGCCCUGUACUCGCACACAGCACGAUCAACAGACCACGAAACGAUACUCACCAGGAAGUACGGAACGGCGAUCCCAUAUUUCCUUCUACCACCACAUUCACUCCAAGUCGACAAGCCGCGAGCGAGCCCGUCAUAGAACCGGCUGGAGGGGCCCCUCCUCUUGAUUCUUCAUCCGGGCCUGGCUCAUCUUCGAGUAGGUCACCAAAUCAUUCACGAAGACAAUCCACGAACCCUCCACCAUUCACCGACAUACCCGAGACAGUCAUGGAGAUUCCUCCGCUACCUUCCUCGGUUCUUCUCCCGUCAGAGAGGCAAGAUAAUAGGCACACAUCCCAGGACUUGAAUUCUCCGAGACAAGCUUCGGCACCAUCUCCUGUCCAGUUUGGUACUCCGACUUCACAAUAUCGCACGCUUCCAUCGCCUCGAAUAUCAUCAGUCUCAGGGCUUGGUAUAUCAACUCGCCCGGCAAGUACGCAACAACAAACGAAUAACCUUGACGGCAUGCAACAAGCAUCACAAGUGUCUGUUGAUACUAUACACUGCGUGAACGAGGGGCUGGUCAACACAUCUUCGGCUGCUCGUGUUGGAGACGCCCGUUCACCAAAUCUAGCACAAUCAAAUAUGUCAUACCCUAGCCCAAGUACAUCUACGACGUCAAAUCCAAACAAGCGACAACGAACUCAAGUGAAUGCCAUGCCAUCACUCAAAGGCAGAGUGAGCCUCAUUGAGAAACACAUAGCAUCUGCUGGCGGGUUACAAAAUCUGAACACCGGCCUAGAACGGCCGCGAUUUGCAUUGCUCACCGAUGCGUGCCGCAACGAGGAUCCGUUCUACGUGGCUUUACAUCAAGUGUUUUGUGUUUGGGAUUUAAAUCAACAAGAGGUUAUAAUCAUACCUGGAUAUCCAAAUAGCAAUAUAUUGCAGGCUGCGUUCAAAAUUCUUGGAGCCUUAAUCCGAGAUAACGAUCAGCUGGCCCCGGUACAUAAAAUUUGGUUCGCCCAAUUCCCUGGUCCGCUAGGCCAGCUGCUCGUGGUCUCAGAGGUCUAUCGCCAAAGUAUAACGGAUGUAGGCGUGUUUCUUGAACGGCUGACGGUUGAAUGGGUCUCUUUAUCUACAGAGUGGACGCAACGAGGUUAUCCACCAUUGGUGGAUGAGCUCGUAAGUCGAUUGGGAUUAUUAUCUCCAACGUUGCAAUCAGUUGUCUUCACAGCAACACGCCGAAAUCUUGGUAUUCGAGACGAAGAUGUUGGUACCAGGAUGGAAGAUCUUUUCCGAAGAGAUCAACAGGAGCACCAGGCAUUGUCGGCUCGAGUCAAUACCGCGAGACCGCCAACAGCAAAGGAGGUUCAAGAGCGCAACACUGCCCUGGUCAACGAGUAUUUGACUCUACACAACCACGUAAUACAGCGGCGAUCUUCUACGGCCAUUUCUGGUAGUCCAUUGCUACGGGGACCAACGCCGGUUCUUGCAAGUAAUGCUCCUCGUCCACAGUCGAACAGUAUUCCGCAUCCAACAUCAUGGCAGCAGGACAUGCCAGGCCCUGAUCCUGCGACUACCUGGCAAUCUGCGGCUCAGAAUCAUCAGGGGAUCCUUAGAACAUCCAAUGGCCCACCUAAUCCCUCCAUCGCUGGUCGUCCUCCCAGCGUUGGCUCACAGCAAAUGCAUCUCGAUACUCCUAGCCCGACGUUACUUCAAGGACUCUCCAUGAAUUCGCCAGUCCAACAAGGCUUCCCAUCUACUGGUUCUGGUAGAAAUGGUGCUCCGGUGCAGUCAAAUCCGCAAUACCCUCAAGGUUAUCCUGGAUACAUUGUCAACGGAACUGUUCAACAGCAGAGCUCCAAUAUUGACCCGAACGUCUACAAUCGUAACGUCAAUACAGUACAGUACCAACAACAGCUUCUACCCCAAUAUCCACAGCCGCAGCAGCCACAAUAUUCAACACAGCAGUAUCAGCCUGCUCAAGGUUCAUGGCCGCAACAUUCUGUACAAAUACAGCAUGCGGCCAUGAUGCGACAACAGCAACAACGGCAGCUAGAACAGCAAGCUUUCGCAAUGCAUCGCGCCGCUCAAUUAAGGAACGAGAGCAUCGAUCCGCAGCAGCCUCAUGUCAGAAAUAACAGCGUCAGCAGCACUGGACGACGUACCCCGACUGGGAGACCCUCACCCAGGAUAAGCGGGCCACCUGCGUUAGGCCCUGGAAGGCCCAUGGGUAACGAACUUGCUCUGCACGCGUACAUAAACAAGCCUCCGCUUCAACGUUCGAUUGUUCCUCCCUUUGGAUUCACGCAUACUGCUUUUCCUGCCCUUCCAGAUCAAGUAGCUCUUCACCAGGCUCACCUACGAAGUCCACGCCUAGUUGCUGCCGAUCCACCCCCUCCCAAUAUUCCGACCGACAGUCCCUCCUUGAGACAUUAUCAGGCUAUCAGAGGUUUUGCUUUGCCACCAACGAGAAUCUCUAUUUCUACUCCACUUUCGAAAUUCGAUUUUAGACCUUCCGAAGCUGAACUUGCAAUGAUUGCUCAGGACAUUCCUCACAGCAACGGGCAGAUAUCAGACCGCCAGUACCACCGCGGCACACUUCAGUAUCGAGUUCGUUGUGUCCAGGCGAAGCAGGCUGCAGUCAAAUGCUCAAUCGUCGAAUGGGUUUUAAAAGAUACAGUUUGGCCUGAAGGUGCAGCUCUUUCAAUCAAUAAGAAGCACCUUGAGCUGAGACGAAAAAAUCAUCAUGGAAAAGAUCUUGCAAUUGACAUCACUCCGUUCGUACGACUCCCUGGACCAAACAUGAGAAGUCAAAUUUCCUUGUCCAUUCUCAGAGGGCGAACCAAGAUGAAGGAACACGGCUAUUUCCUUGGUGUGGAGGUAGUGGAAAUACUUCAACAUGACCAAAUAUUGGACAUGGUGAGAAAGAACCGAAUAUCCGCAACUUCAAGCCUAGAUAAGAUCAAGAGAAGCCUUGCAGGCCCAAUAGAUGAGGACGACGACAUUGCCAUGGUAAUCAGUGAUAUCUCCAUCGAUCUCGCAGAUCCUUUCACGGCUCGCAUAUUCGAUACGCCAGUCCGUGGCGUAAGCUGUUUACAUCGAGAAUGCUUCGAUCUUGAGACUUUCCUCUUGACUAGGAACAGCAAACCAAAAAGACCAGGGCAGCCAUGUAUGAUCGAUGUCUGGAAAUGCCCACUAUGUGGGAAAGAUGCUCGUCCAUAUAGUCUUCAAAUCGACGAUUUCCUGGUUUCAGUGAGACAGACACUCGAAGCGCGAGGAAACUUGGAUGUAAAGGCUAUUUGGGUGGGAGGAGAAGGCAACUGGCGUCCAAAAAUUGAGAAGCGCAAGGCGCCACCUGACCCCAACGACAGUGAUGACAGUGAUGAUCAAGGUCCAAGAAAACCUUCCUUGUCGUUGCAUCAGUCGGGCGAGACACGCCCCAAUCGUGUAGUUGAGGUCAUCAGUUUGGUAAGUUGCACCUUGAAGUAAAUCCUGGCAGAUUAUUGAAUAGCUACUUACCCUUCGAGUUUAGGAUGAUGACGAUUGAUGGAAAAAUCCUUAUCUUGUCUUGUCUCGCUACUUUGUGUUCUCAUGCUUAGCGUCAUCUUGGGAGCAUUUCAUUUGUUUCAGCUGCAUGGACGGGUGCGGGGUGGCACUUUGCAUAAACCAUGGGGACCAUGAAGGUCGGCGUAUAUCGGCGUACUUUUGCUAUUUGCUAAGAAGGAGGGAUGAGCUAGCUACUCCGAGUAGUUUGUACGAAGCAUGGAGUUCAGGGCACCAUCUGGAGUUUUUACCUUGCUUUGGGAGACAGUAUAUUCACCUGGGAUCGCAACAGGGCGUAGGAGGGAAAUCAACUGGCAGCGAUGGAUGGAUGGCUACAUACCCAGGGAGCAAGGCUGGCUAAGAGUGGGCGUAUUCUGUUUGUAUUCUUAAUACCUAAAUCUCUCUAGCUGGCAUGCAUGAUGCUAUCAUGCCUUACAAGAAAGC